GGGAACAGCAAUAAACCUUGAAGAUGCUUUUUCGUUUCGGGACGAAUCUCUUUCUCUCCAAGCAAUAGGGAAAGUGACAAGAGACCAAUAAUUUAUGGGAACUCUGUGGCCCAGCAAUUUAUACAACUCGUAUACAACCAUUUCAUGGUAUCACAUGAAGAUAAAAAUGCCAUACCUGAGACAGCUACGGUUUUAAAACUGAGUGAAACCACUGUCUAUAAAAUUCAAGAAUGGUUCAGUUGAGUCUGAAAUUACCCCUGUCACACGGAACCGUAAGAAGUUGCAGACAACUGAUUCAAGGGGAAGCGUCAAACAGACUAUUCGAUUAGAAAUAUACAAAAUGUAUACCGAGAGUAAUGUUCUACUUUGAACUUAGAAUUUUUCCAUUCCAUGUUGCUUCAUAUUAACAUUACCAGAUAAUUCCAA